UGUCAAAGAUUGACAAGUGAUAAUUACACAAAAAAAAGUUCGACAUCAAAACCAACAAAACAAAAUAUUAAAGUUAAAGUUCGGGGUUUAUAAAAAGCGUAUUUAUUGUACAAAUUUAUAAUUCAACAACUAAGAUAGUAUUACUUAUUAAGUUAUAUUACAAGUAAAAUGGUUUACGUAAAAGGAGAUGGCACAGUGGUUGAACAUCAUCCAUUCAGUAUUUUUGGUUGGUUUUGGGGAAUUGUAAACUUCUGCUACUUGCUUUUCAGGACCCUGGUCGACCCAAAUUACAACAAGCAUGGUGAUAAAUAUGUAAGAGAUUUCCGUCCACCUGGCAGUGGACCACCAAAACCACCAUCGAGAAAAUUUGGAGGAUUUGGACCUUCCAGCAAUGGGCCCCCGCCACCACCAAUGGGUGGUUGCGGCUGUGGAUAGCUUAUGAUACCAAAUAGCUGCUAGACGAUGACGCAGAAGUCUGAAACUUCAACAUCAUAAUUUUAAUAGUAACAUAAUAGUUUAUAGCACUAAUAUCAAGUUUAGAUUAUUUUAACCUAUUCAUUUUAUGAUUUGUAAUAAUUAACUAUGUAGUUCUAUUUUCACAAUAAUUUUACUUAUUUAAAUUACUUUUUAAUGGUUUUAUUUUAUAGUCAGGACUAAUAAUGAAAUAAAUACUGACUCAGACUUAGUUGUGGGUAAUAAAUAUAAUGAAAUAAUAGUACCUACUAUUUGUUCAAGGAAUAAUGAAAUCAAUAUCAUAUUUAAAAUAGUAACAAUAGCUAUUACAUUUAAGUAUUGAUAUGAUUAUUCUAUAAUACGAUUAGGUAAUCUCAUUUUAGUUUGUAUUUUGUCAAAAGAUUAUUAUACUUCCCUUUUAAACUAUGGUAAUCAUAUGCAGUUAACCUAUCUUAAAUUUAAUAAAAAAAAUAUAAGCACAUAGUUUAUCUGUAAACGAAUUGAAAUUGAGAAAAAUGUAGUUAAAUCCUUAGAUUAUUCAAAUCAUAACUUACAUUCUUGUUUUGUCGAUAAUAACAUGUAAACAAUAUCUAAAUUAUCGAAGUUAUAUUAAGUAUCGAGAUAUCAUACUGUGAAAAUGCACUUGAUUUUUCUUCUCUUGUAAUGUAUGAGUAGUUGUGACAUUGUAAACGGAUGAGUAAAUAAUUGUGCUUAGCUUUGAUGUAAGAUGAGGGAACUGCGCUCCUGAUUAUUUAAUAUAAAUAUGUAACCAAAUAAA